AAAAAUAAAGAGAUCGCGCUCGCCGUUGUCGUCGCCGCCGCUCGUCGUCGUGUUUGAUGAACGCGCACUGUGUAAAAAGGGCAACACUCGGUAUUUAGUGGCUCACGGUACGAAAAAUUUGUGAAAAUUAGUGGAAAACUGUCGCAAAGUGGUGCAAAUCUACGGCCGGAAGCCGUGCGAAGUGUCUGGUGCAAACAGUGACCCCAGGAACGGUGCCGUUCGUGCUGGGAAAGCUGGAUUUCUCGAGAUUGCCGCAGUCGGAACGAACGCAGCAGCAGCCUUUCUCUGCUUUUGGCUGGUAGUUAUUUUUUGUACUUGUGUGUGAGUGUGUGUGCGUGGGGUUUCUGGUCUGGCAGAUCGGGAUCGGUCGGAACGGAAUGGAACUGGCGGCGACUGGAAUAAUGUCCGCCCGUUCACCGCUGCCAGAGCGGUGGCCAGCCCGCUGCUAGAUAGAAAAAAAAAACAAGGAACAGACCAACAAACGGAACUGACCCGUCGGGUGCCUAAAGAAACGAUGGUGGCCGGAUUUGAAACCGUUUCCGGAAUGGAUUAGUGGGUGCAACUUUUUUUUUUGCUGUCGUUUGGUGCGGAACAGGUCCAGUAGUUGUGGCAGUUCAUCAUCAUCAUCAUCAUCGCGGAGACACCGCCGAAUUGUUCUUCACAACGCCUGGUGUAUGUGUAUGAGUGUUUUUUUUUCUUCCUCAAAAGAAGCGUGGAUGAUCGUGGCAAAGAAAGAUAUAGUUGAGGCAGCGAAGAAAAUAUUUAAUAAAUAGCAUGCAGCCGUAUUAGUGUUUCUUUCGUGUUUCAUUACCAUUAGUUUUUGGGGUUUAUUUGCCACGGGUUCUUCGUCUUCUUUACCGUGCCUUUAUUUGUGCUCCGUCAAGUGGAGGUUUUUGUCCGCGCAAUCGAGUGGAGUGAUUGGGAGAAAAGUAACAGGCGAGUGAAAAAAAAAAGAAAUGAGAUUAGAGAUUAAUGCUGUUUAAGGUGAAGUUCUCCGCACCGAAGAAAGAGAGCGGCUUCCUGGCAAAUGCGAAAUCAAAACGGAAAUUGUAAAUUGUUGUUGCUAAACAAACCCCUAUGCUUUGAACGGAGAAGCUCUUCGCGUGGUAUGUGUGCGCGUUCAAAAUUAGUGUUGAUGACGGUGUAAUUAUCGCGGGCUCUUUACCGGUGCUCAUCGAAGGGGCGCACGGAAACUACGUCGGGGAUUUUGUUUAUCGUUGUGUAUCGACGCGGUGCUCGAAGUAACGCGCGCGUGAAUAUAUUUUUUUCUCUGUUGCUUCUCGUGAUCGUGACAAGCAAUUUUGAAUCCCAUUAAACGUAACAGCCGCGAAAAGCGAAGUGUGAGCCAAAAUGAGUUAAGGGGCGCGAAGUAAGAGAUGGCGCAGCAACAGACUGAGAUCAAUGAGAGUCUCGCGAAAGCUAACGAUAUAGGUGCUGAUAAACCACAGACAAAGAAAACAAGCAAUUUGCAAAAUGGUACAGAUACUCAACAAGGCGGGAAGAAUUCUCAAAGUGGACCAGUAAUGGGUGGUGAGAAAGCAAAAUCUCUGGCUGGUGCAGCUUCUGGAGGGAAUGGCGGAACAGCUGCCGCGUCUUCACCUUCCUCCGGUCCCCCUCACCCUCCCCAUCCGGGGUCGGAAAAUGCUCCCGGAAUGCACCCUUACGAACCUUCCGGACAUCACAUGCCGCCAAGUAGUAAUGCUGGUCCGGCAGACCCGAACAGUAAAGAAGAAAUGCAUCAUCACCCUCAGCAUCAUCCAAUGCAUCAGCAACAUCCGCAACACCAUCAGCACCAGAUGUACGGCCAGUCGCCGAUGCAGCAUCAACAGUAUCCCAGGUAUCAUCACGAUCCCAACAUGCCACCCGGUGAUCCCUACGCUCACUACCGGAUGGGAGCCGCACCGGGCGGUAAACCGGGUUCGAUGAUUCCACCGAACCGACCGCCUCCGCAACGCUACAUGCAAGGUCCGGGCGCUCCCGGUAGUCAGCCACCACAGCAUCCAGGUAGCCAUCCGGGUCAGCAACCGCAGGGACCAACGCCGACGUUAAACUCGCUGCUACAAUCGCAUCCGCCACCACAUCCCCAGCAUCGCUAUCCGAAUAGCUACGAUCCAAAUCAACCGCAGCAACCGCCACCGGCACCUAGUCCGGGUCAACCGGGGGGUGGCGGGCAACCUGGUCAGCAGCAGCAGCAACAACAGCCGCCACUUGGGCAGCCUCCCCAGUCGUAUGGUCAUCAGCAGAGCUGGGUGCCGCCUCGGCCGUACAGCCCUCAGAUGGGUUCGCAGCCGUAUCGACCUCCACCACCGGGUAGCAACUCACGUGGCCAGUCACCCUACCCGCCUGGCCCACCAAACCAGAGCCCUGGUAGUUAUUCUGCCUCACAACAACAACAACCGCCGCCAAGUCAACAGGGAGGUCCCCAAGGGCCGCCAAGUGGUCAGCAAGGUCCACCUCCCCCUCCGCAAGGUCACCAACCCGGAGGACAACCGCCGCCACCGAGCGGUGCGACUGGAAGUGGUCCUCCACCGCCACUUCCCUCGUCACAGGGCCCACCAGGUAGCAGUCAGUAUAGCCCGUACCAGCAGCGAUAUCCGACACCACCCGGUGGACCGAAUGCCGGUCCCAACCAUCGGUCCCCGUAUCCACCUCCGCAUCAAUACGAACCGGUAAGGUCGUGGCCAUCACCGGCCGCCAGUCCGGGCCCGGGUGGACAGCAGCAGUCGCAGCACUUACCUCCCUCGCCGCACGGUCCACCGCAGAGUCCGGGCCAGCACGGUGCCCCAAGUCCGUCCCCGCAGCCACCGCAGCCCGCCCAAUCGCCGCAUCAGUAUCCAACACGACCGAGCCAACCAUCGACGCCAAAUAUUAACGAUGGAGAAAUGAUCGGGGAUUCGACGGGUCAAAACAGUAAUGACAGCUCAAGUGGUGGUGGAACUGGUGGUGCUUCCGCUGCUCCCGGUACGCCCAAUUCCCAGGGCAUGAGGCCCAGUCCGUCUCCGACUGGUUCAUCUGGGUCUCGAUCUAUGUCGCCGGCAGUUGGUCAGCAGAGUAUACCGAUGCCUCCGCGCCCCUCUAGUAGUCACUCCCAAGUUCCAAAUCAGCAAGCACAGAAUCAACUAGGUAGUAGUAAUAAUAAUCUAGGUCACGGUAAUCAAUCGCAGUUGCAGCAACCUCCGGAUCAUUCGCGAGUAGCUUCACCGAAUCGUCCACCCUCCGUGUCGUCAGUUGGUGGUCCCCAGCAGGGUCCACCAGGGCCUCCCCCUUCGCAAGCAAGCAUGGCAGCUCAAGGAUAUCAGACGCAACCACCACAUCCGCCCCAUAUGCACGGUGGUUACAAAAUGGGACCAAGUCCCGGUGGUCCAGGUGCAGGAAUGCCUGGACCACAGCAAAUGUCACCAUAUCCACCACACAAUCCUCAAUCGCAACAGUAUUCACCACAUUCGCAAGGAAGUUAUUCACCCCGGUCUCAGUACCCGGGUGGUUACGGGCCGUCUCCACCGGGUGGACAACCAGGACAACCACCACCUCCUGGUCCACCACCUAAUAGUGUGGCAAGUGGUCCUGGCGGCUAUCCUGGACAUCGAAUGCCAAAUCAUGUCGGUGGACCCCCACCGCAUUCUCAAUAUCCUCCACACCAACCGUAUCAGCAAGGUUGGGGACCUCCCGGACCUGGACCGCAGGUUCCCGGGGGUCAUGUCAAUAAUCAUCAGCAGCAGCAACCGGGCAAGGGUAUGCCCCCAUCCGGAGUUCCCCCUUCACCACAGCAACCGAAUCAAGCACAGUCCCAACAGGGACCACCGAGCGGAGGUCCCCCGCAAAGCGGAUCACCACGACCUCUGAACUAUCUUAAGCACCAUCUACAACACAAGGGCGGCUAUGGCGGUGCCCCUAGUCCUACACCGCCCCAAGGCUAUAGCAAUGGUCCCGGUAUGCAUCCCCCGAUGGGUCCACCCCACCACAUGGGCCCACCGAUGGGACCUACUAGCAUGGGACCACCUUCGGGGGCUCCUCCAAACCAGCAGGGGCCACCGCCAAACCAGUCGCAGAUCGGACCCAACAGUCAUCCGGAUGGAUCGCUACCACCACAGCCACCCCAUCCGGAAUCGGGCUCGAUCGGUGGCCUGGACAAUGGUGUCAGCUCGUCCGGACCGGGCGGUGUGCCACAUCCAGUUACCUCACUCGUUACAACGGGACCUGAUGGCGCUCCCCUCGAUGAAGCCAGUCAGCAGAGUACCUUAUCCAAUACCUCAGUAGCUUCCGGUGAAGAUCCACAGUGCUCGACGCCGAAAUCGCGGAAAGGCGACCACUACAACCAAAGUCAUCUGACUAAUACGCCGACAACCGCGUCGCCCGGACCGCACAAUCAGCACGAAGACUUCGAGAUGAACUCGCCCACAUCCUGGCCCCGGACGCCAGCUAGUCCAGUAUUUAACAGCCACGUUCCUCCCACGGAGACUCCCUUUAGAUCGACUAAGAAAUCCGACAGUCUAAACAAACUCUACGACAUGGACGACAAGCCGGAGCGGCGGCCCUGGCUGGACAAGCUGCUAGCCUUCAUGGAGGAGCGACGAACGCCGAUCACGGCCUGUCCGACGAUCUCGAAGACACCCCUGGAUCUGUACAAGCUGUACAUUUUGGUGCAGGAGCGCGGCGGUUUUCUUGAGGUGUGUAAGGUCACGAAGAGCAAAACGUGGAAGGACAUCGCUGGAUUGCUCGGAAUUGGCGCCAGCAGCAGUGCGGCGUACACGCUGCGGAAGCACUACACCAAGAAUCUGUUACCGUUCGAGUGCAAGUUCGAUCGGGGCGGCAUCGACCCGGGACCGAUUAUCGCCCAGGUUGAAGCGGGGUCCAAGAAGAAAUCGAACAAAACCGCUUCGGUCCCAUCUCCGGGAUCUUCCAACUCUCAAGACUCAUUCCCCGCACCCGGUAGCAGUAGCGCCUCGAUGGACGGCUACAAUGCCUACCCGGGCAGUGGUUAUCCACCCGGUGCGACACCGGACUACCAGAGUCAACCACCACAGCAGGGACAGUCCCAGCAAGCCCCGUCACAGCCGCCGCAACCACCGGUACAGCAGAACCUACAACGACCACCGACGCAGCAGAGCGGCACCCAGUCUCCUCAUCCAGGCUCGGCACCACCGACCACAGGAGAUAACAUUAGCGUGAGCAAUCCUUUCGACGAUCCCGUCGGUCCUCAGCGACCUCCCUAUCAGCAGGGUGCUCCCUAUCCGCCAGCUUCACGACCACAAGGUGCCCCAUACCAAACGCAACCCGGAAGCUACCCAUACGGUGCUCCAGAUCAGUACGGUCCGAGCGGGGCACCAGGCCAGUAUCCACCUGGACAGCAAGGUCAAUAUCCACCUGCUAGUAGACCCAUGUAUCCCCCCUACGGUCCACCCGAAUCUGGUGAAGGAAGAUCGACCCCACCAGCGCCGAACUCUGCUCCUCCCGCAACCGGCGAUCCGUAUCGAGGUUACGGAAGUGCACCCUACCCGCCACCUCCGCAGCAGCGACCUUACCAGCAACCGCCCCCAGUCAGUUCGGGUCCAUCGCAAACACCACCGGCUGGGCCUCCGGGUGCGGCUAGUCAACCUCCGGUGGUGAUUGGAGCCCCCGGGCAGCAACCACCGUCAACCAUUGCCCAGGGUCAGGGAUAUCCUACACCACCUCAGCCGCCCCAGCAACCGGAUUACUACCGACCGGAUCAGCCCAAUCAACCAAGAAGGCAUCCGGACUUUGAGAAAAGCCAGCAACCGUACCCGCCCUAUCAGCAGCGGCCACAGAUGUAUCCUGGUGGAUGGCAGGGUGGCGCUGGCCAAUACCGAGGUCAGUAUCCUCCCCAGGGACCCCAACAGCAGUGGGGCACGCACAACGGACCACGGCCCAGCGGACCGCCUGGACCCCCGGGAGGACCGCCCGGUACCCCCGGAACUCCAAACCAGUGGAGCGCCGAUGCCAAUCGGUAUCCCCCGAAUCAGCAACAACCUCCCUACCCGCCCCAUCAGCAGGGCCAACAGCAGCCAUGGAAUCAGCUACCGCCAACGUCCCAGGGUUCACCGCUUCGGCCUCCACCCCGCGGGGGUAAACCAUUCGCGUCGAUGCAGCAGCAACCAGGGAUGUCUGGUAGCAUGCCAUCUGCGCAACCACAAGGUGCCGGUCCAGCCGUGCCGACACCUGGUCCGACCAGUGGACCAGUCGUAAGUGGACCGCCAGCACCAAGCAGUGCAGGUCAACCAGGUGCUAAGCCAUUGCCAGCUGCUACUUUUCCCCCUGCCAGUAACGUCGCACCGAAACGGGACAUUGUCUUCCCGCCAGACAGCGUCGAAUCCACAACACCGGUUCUGUAUCGGCGGAAAAAGGCCAGUAAACUUGACAUUGGGCAAACCGAUCCGUGGCGAAUAUUCAUGGCCCUUCGGUCUGGGCUGCUGGUGGAAAGCACUUGGGCGUUGGAUGUGUUGAAUAUACUGCUGUUUGAUGACACUUCCGUGGUGUACUUCGGGUUGACGCACUUGCCGGGUUUGUUGAAUCUGCUGCUGGAUCACUUCCAGAAGAGCUUGAGUGAUAUGUUCGACACCAAGGAUCGGAAAAAUCGGGUUGGUCGGGCCUACGGUUGGUUCGGUAAGGAAGCUGACGAUGGUAGUGAGGAAGAAGAUGAAGACGACACGGAAGACAAGGAGGCGAUAGAGGGUGUUAAGGUGGAGGAUGAGACCGUUGAGGUGAAGAAGGAGAUCGAUGAGACGAAAAUUGAGAAUGGAGAGAUGGAUCCGAAGGAUGGGUUGAAAGUCAAGCUAGAGCAGCGUGCUCGAGGCCAUAAACGAGCCAGACGAAGCUGCGAUUUAGAUUUGGGAAGUGUGCUUGAUCCUCCAAACCCGGAAGAUCGGAUAGUGGUUUUUAAUUCCACUACCAACUAUACGAUGAGUUCUAGAAAGGGGCUACCUGUGAAAAUUCAACCGGCUGAGGACGAUGUGUUUGUGUUGAACCAUCGGAAAAACUGGGAUCGGACGGCCGAUGAUCGCUACCAUAGGGAAACGGAUGUCGGAGGAGAUCCGUGGACUGCCGGUCAUUCGGAACCGGAUCCGCAUGACUACAUUAUGGAACCGUUCCAGGCUGAGUUUGUAAACAUUCCAUUCGCUAGAAUGAUCAAAACUAGCAAGAAGUAUAAGGCGCGUUGUAAAAACAAUAACAACAGCAGCAACAACAAUAACAACAUUGUAAAACGUGCAUCGAAGCAGACAGAGAGUGAUGAUAGUGAUAGUGAGCAGUGCAGGACAAACGGAGACAGUCGUGUCGUGAAUGGUGAGACUAGUGGACUUGACGAAGAUACCAAGCCUGCUGCGUUGGUUGCAGAGGUGAACAACUUUGUGAUGAAGAAGGAGGUUAACGAGGUGACUCCGUCGAUUGAUGCUGACUGUCGGGAGAUUGAUAUGGAGCUGGAAAAGAGCAGCCUUUCAAACGGUCCUCAGGAUGGUGCUGGAACAGAUGAAACCGAGGAGACAAAGAAUGCGGAUGUUAAGAUGGAGAUUGAAGAAGAUGGCAGCAAAGCAACGGGUGUAGACGUACGAGAGCAAAAGUUCAACGUCGCUGCCACUAUUCGUGACCCGGCCAAGGUGCUCAAACGCCGAAGGAUGAGUGACUACGAGGAUGAGUGUUAUACACGGGAUGAGGCCAGUCUCUUUUUAGUUACCGAAGGCCAUGACUGCUUGGCACGGCGCUGUAUAGCCAUCUCGAAUAUUCUGAGGAAUCUUACCUUUGUCCCUGGCAACGAGACCGAGUUUGCCCGAUCUUCGCGUUUUCUAUCCAUCUUGGGAAAGUUGUUGCUCUUACAUCACGAGCAUCCGAUGAGGACGAAGAAAACUAGGAAUUACGACCGUGAGGAGGACGCCGAUUUCUCAGAUUCGUGUAGUAGUCUUCAGGGUGAAUCGGAAUGGUGGUGGGACUUUUUAGUGCAAAUUCGAGAGAAUAUGCUGGUUUCUAUGGCCAACAUCUCCGGUCAGCUGGAUUUGUCUCGAUUCGAUGAACCUAUCUCAAGGCCUAUUCUGGACGGUCUUUUACACUGGUCUGUGUGUCCUUCGGCCCAUGGUCAAGAUCCGUUCCCGACGUUGGGAACUAACUCAGUAUUAUCGCCUCAACGGCUAGCAUUAGAAGCCUUGUGCAAACUGUGUGUUACCGAUGCCAAUGUAGAUCUUGUGAUAGCAACGCCGCCUUUCACGCGUUUAGAAAAACUCUGCUCUGUUCUGACGCGACAUCUGUGCAAAAACGAAGACCAGGUCCUGAGAGAGUUUUCAGUUAAUCUGCUUCACUACCUCGCUGCAGCGGACAGUGCAAUGGCCCGAACAGUAGCCAUGCAAUCACCGUGCGUGUCCUACCUGGUGGCAUUCAUUGAACAAGCCGAACAAACCGCCUUAGGAGUAGCUAACCAGCACGGUAUUAACUACCUUCGGGAUAACCCGGAUUCGAUGGGUACAAGCUUGGAUAUGCUUCGACGAGCCGCAGGAACAUUACUCCAUCUAGCUAAACACCCCGACAACCGACCUCUGUUCAUGCAACAGGAGCAACGAUUACUUGGCCUCGUCAUGAGUCACAUCCUUGAUCAGCAGGUCGCGCUUAUCAUCUCCAAGGUUCUGUUUCAAUGCUCUCGCGGCACCGGCCCACUUACAACAAUGGAUUUUGAAUCCUUCGUCAGCAGUAGUCGAAUGGAAGCGAAAAAAGUAACCGAAAGGGAUUCAUCGGAAGCGGCAAAAUCAUCAUUGCAUUUAAACUCGAUCAUUGCCAACAGUGGCAGCAGCAGUAGCAGCAGCCACAACAACAUCGGCGCAACGAUGGCACCUCCCUCAUCGGCCGGUCCAUCCAAGAGCAGUGAACCGCUAACACAACUGACAUCAACUUCGGCGGUAAUGCCGGCUCCCUCGGCACCGGUCAGUUGCACUUCCGGACCACCGGCUUUCGUACCGCCCCCGCCACAAGCUAUGUCGGCAGUCGGAUCACCACCGACGACAGUGGCAUUGCCGUCAUCGGUCGGUAGUCCACCACCUGCGUCAACGGAGUCCGGUUCGUCGCCGCCAUCACCGGCACCCGCGCAAACACCUCCGGCGCAGCAUCCAAUCACGGCUUCUUCGUAGUGGAAGAAAUCCCUUAUAAUGAAGCACGUUCAGCCUGUAGAUGAAGAUACACUUGCUGAUUAAUUAUAAAUAUAAAUAAUAGACAAUUAGUGGGAUGGCUGAGGGAAAUGAAAGAAAGAGAGAAACAUAAUAAACUUGAUAUGGAAGUGACAGUUGAGAAUGAGAAUGAAAAAAAGAGUAAAUAUUCUUGUGUAUAGUAAAUUUUAAGAGUUUCUGCUAGUAGUGUUAUAAAUAUGUGAAAGCGCAGGUGAGCGAAUGCGAAAAACAAACAUAUAGAAUAAGCUAAGAAGACGUGAACGAGAAUGAACAAACAAACAAAAAUAUACGCGAUUUUAUGUGUAGUAGUAUGUAUUGACAAAAUCUGCUAAUGUUAGGCCGGCUAGUGUUAAAUCAAUCUACUGCAGUAGUAGUGUUGUGUUGGACUAUGUAGAAGAAUAAGUCACCGGAGUUGUGUGAAUUUAAUGGAACGAAGAAAAAAACAUACCUGGAAUGGAAUUACAUAAAACACACAACCGUGAGAGAUUUUCUUUCCCAUUUAAAUCAAAUUUUAAGAAAUCAGGAAAUCGUUGUUUGUUGGCUCCAUAGUUUUAUUCUUUUUCGGGGUGGUUUAUACCUUUGCACUGAUUUGUUGAUCGGCAGUUUCCUAGUUGAGCUAGUUUUUAUUGGGAUAGCAGACUGGAAAACGAAUUAAGAAUUUGAGACUUGGAAUUUAGUCGAUCAUGUUUCGUUUCGUUUGACUGUUAUCCAAAUAAAAAAAUGGGCAACCAAUCAAACGAAAAUCUUGGGAAAUAUGUGAUUGGAAUAAUGUGGUAAUACAAAAAGAUUUAGAAUACUACCUUGUGGCGGAUAGUGAUAUCUUCACGUUUCUCCACGGUCACUGGUAAAUUAGCAACUUCAUAAGAAGAGAAUAAACCAAAUUUUAAGCCGCAUCCAUCGAAACUACAAAUAAAAUCAAAUCGAAAAGCAGGUAUUUAAUUUUUGCGCAAUAUAACUGAAACGAGGUAUAAAAUAUGUUUUUUGUGUUGUGUUUGUUUCUUUUCCCUGGCGUCAUCCUCUAGGAUUCCUGUAGGGGUUUUGAAAAAGAUCCAACGAAUCGUUCUUCUUGUUUCCGUUCGAAACAUUGUUUUGCUCGGUGGUAGUCUUUUUCUGGUGCUUCUUCGAUCCUUUAUUCCGGUGAUCGAUCGUCGAAGAGGAUUAUAUUGGCAGACGCGAAGGUUGCAAACAAAAGAAAACCUCACGCAAUGUGUAUACUCAUGUAGUGUUAGUUGAUUGAAUUGAGUUUGAAGCAGUAACAAAACGCGAAAAUAUAUUGAAACUUCACGUAGGUGUAAACUGUACUACUGUUGGCAGAUAAAUGAUGUAAAUUUUUAGUAGGGAUGCAAGCUGAGCAAAAACGGUCUACUUAAACAAAACAAAAUACAAGAUUGACUCUCACUAAUGAUUACGAAACAAAGAAAAGCGCUGUUGGUUUGGGAAAAACGUGUAAUUAUUAAUUUAUAACCGAUGCUUCACUUCGUCGGGCUUGGCGCGAUGGAAACGGUCGGCGCAAAAAAAGAACAUUGAUCUAUUAACUGAUUGAUACUGGAAGUAAAUUAAUGUGUUAGAAGUGUAGCUAAAAUAAUAGUAUGAAUAUAGCGAAAAAAAUCUUUGAAAAAAAACAACAAAUAGUAUAUUAUUGUCCCCGUUUAACAAAUGGGUAAGACAACAAAGCAAAACAAAUGCUAAAGCGGUACUAGAGAGGGAACGGUACAUCGCAGGAUGAUAAACCUGAAGGUUCGAAAGCUGUUUGUGGUGGACUACUUUCGGACCAGGCAGCAGUAGCAGCAAAAUGGGCAAGCAACAAGCAUAUACUAAUUCAAUCGAAUCUCUGUUAGACUUAGAGAUGUGUAAACAAAUAUUUAAAUCAUGUUCAUACAUACAAACAGACAAAAAACACAUACACACACAUACAGUGACAGGGUGGAACACAAAAUGCUGCUGAACACUAGUGAGAUAUACGGUUUAAGAUCUAUGCUGAUCCCAGAACGGAGGAUUACUAUGAAAACAUAAGGGGAAGAAUUAGCUGUGGUAAACGAAAAAAAAACAAGUAAAAUAAUAUGAAUAUCUGUUUUUCUUCCCUCUUUUCCGUUGUACAACUGAAUGUGUGUAAGCUUAAAGUAGGAACACAGUGGGGCGAGGGGAAGAAAUCUUGUUUCCCUUAAUUUUAAACAGAAAAAUACAACAGACUAGUGUAGUUGAGCUAUGUGUACAUUUGAAAUGAUGCUGCUUGUACAGCGAGAAGUGGGAGCGAAAUAGGCAAGGUCCUUCUAUUCUUUCCUUCUCAUUCUUUAAGGCGAGUAAAAUUUUCCUUUCUAGUUCAUAGUAGGCUACAUUUCUCCCGAACUUGUCUCUCAGUAAGAAAAUUAAAUUAUUAUUUUUUACAAUAUUUUACAAUUUAAGAGCAGCAUGAACCUAGAACCAUUUCCUUUAUAGAUUGAUUUAUGAAGGAAGCAACGAGUAAAUAGUAAACAGGUACCGUUGAAGAAAAAAAACAGAAAACAAAAAAAGUAUAUAAUAAAGUGAAUCUUUAUUAAGGAGCUAACGUUAGCUUGUAGGACGGGAACUCUUAAUAACCUAUUAUUUAAAAAAAAAAGCAGAAAAUCGUGGAUAAACAAAAGAAGGAAAAUAUAUAAAUGUCAAAUAAAUUCAAUUAAGGAUAAUUUAACAUUAAA